AUGUAUAGAACAGCCUCCGCUCUUGUCUACCUCCAUAAUCGAAAAAUUGUGCACAGAGAUGUUAAAGCAGAGAAUUUAUUGUUAUUCAAUAAAAAACAGGUACAAUUAUGUGAUUUUGGACUAGCAUGCACUGUACUUGGCCCUCUCUACAGGGUAUGUGGCACACCCAGCUACUGUGCUCCAGAAAUCAUUCGGGAAACAGGUUACGGCCUACCAGUGGACGUCUGGUCUCUGGGUAUUUUGCUUCAUGUGAUGCUUGUUGGAUUCGCUCCAUUCCGAGCUAAUGAACGUAGUCGACUGUUUCGCUUAAUCACUCAGGGCAGACUGUAUUUCGACUUGCCGGAGUGGAGAGAUGUCUCGGAAAAAGCCCGUGAACUCCUAACUGGAAUGAUUUGUACUGUAACUGAGAAACGCUACACAGCCGCUGAAGUCCUCUCACAUCAAUGGAUUACACAAUACGAUUCGGCAAAAUGA